GACUUCCGACAUGAGGUAUUACAAGAGCAUCAGCUGUCUGCGAAACCAGUCUAGCGCACCACGUCCCGCGCACAACUUGCUCUUUUUAGUUGGAUGUGAGAAAACAAAAUGACCUUUCAUUCCUUUAUGACCAAAGCAUGCUUAGUUGUAGGAGAUGCUGUCAAUAGAUCCGGUCAAUCGAAGCUUGGCUCCGGCCUUGAUAUCUGCUACAAGUCCGGAAAUGUCACCAGUCUCAAGGGUGAAAGAAACUCCAUCGGCAGAGGUAGAUCCAGAGAAAGAGGCGGAUGCAACAGAUGCAGAUCCGAAAGGGUUGUAGCUGACGGAAGAACCAGAGGACGGGCUGAGGGAAUCGCAGUGAGUUUGGAUUCCAGCACCUCCGGCGAGGGCACUGGGGGUARGAAGGCUUGAGGCGUGUGUAAUGAUUCCGGCUCCUCCAAGAAGGGAGUUGGCACCGGUGUUGAGAGUGUCAGCGUGUGUCAUGAUCCCAGGUCCACUGAUUUCAGUGGCACCCGUAGAGAGAGAGUCGUGGUAGUUAGCGGCCGGGGCAACUGGGGCAGUAGCAGCAGGAACGUAAGGUUCGGCGGCAACAGGGGCAGCAGCAACCGGUUCGGCGGCAACAGGGGCGGCAGCGACGGGGGCACCGUUGAGGGCAUCAAGAUAGGAAGCUCCGUUACUACUGGCGGGAGGGGCGACAGCGRCUCCUCCUCCGAGGGAAUCCAAGUAGCUGAAGGAGUAAGCAGGAGCCAAGACGGAGGCCAAGACAGUGGUGGAAAGAACGAUAUUCAUUUUGAUGGAAUUAGGCUUUUAGAAACAAUGUCCUGCAAUUUGAAAUUAUGAGGUUUGUUGGGAUCUUUAAAGUGAGAAACAGAACCCUAUUAUCGCGUAAACUUGAUGGUUGGUGACCACCCCCUUCUCUGUGUCUCUGUUUAGGAUAUUUUCAAUUCAAAUCGAUUUUUUAAACUAAAGACCAUAACGAACCUUCUGACGUAUGGGUAAAAUACACGUGAAAAGCGCGGGUUUUUUCCUUUAUUUGUAUGGUGCUCAAUCACGAGCACGUACGUCACCGAUUCAUGAAAACAUAAUUUCAAACUACGUUACGUGCAGGCUGGUACUGAAAUGAAGCACAGCAAGUUACAGUGAUCAAGCUAACCGCGUGACCGCGCGUGAUCAAAGAAUCUUUGGUGUUGUUCGUCCGAUGAGGCCCGCCUGCUUUUAAAAAACAACGGUCUUUCGAAGACCUAAGAAGCAAGAAGUAUGAUACGGUAGGUACCGGUAGUACAAUUAGAUCGUACGACCGUCUGUACUACAAGCCAAUUUUUAAUCCCACAAGUCAUUACACGGGAAAAAGAUGGCCACGAAUCCAAGGUUUAAACCGUACAUUGGCUGGCCAAUGCUAUACGAUAUGCACAUGCUGUUUGUACUCAAACAUGUGCUACUGCAAGUCAAAAWAWUUUAUCCCAUGAGUCAUUACAUGGUAAAAAGAUGGCCCAAAAUUGAUGCAUAGUAGAAAAACACAUAGCAGGGUGCACAGGAAACAGUUCUAUCUUUUAAAAACUAAUCAAUUAAGGGCCCUGUAUCAUGAAAGAAUAGCAGAGAACAAGUUGGAUGGUAGGUUGUUGUUCUGUUUGACACGGACAGAGUACAAAAACCAUCCAAACAAUGAGACCUACCAAACCAAAUAAUAGGAAUACAUGCUACAUGUUUGGUGAUCCAACAUAAACUAUCUAUAGUAUAUUUUGUACCUCUUUGUCCUAUGAAAACUACAAAGAAUAGAGAGAGUGAUGUUAAUCUACUCAAGAAGUACUGUCACAGGAACUAUAAAAACUAUCAAUGGUGUGGUCUGGGAAAAGGUGACUAACAAGAAGAGCUGGCAUCCACCAAUCAAAACUGAGUUAAGUCACAAUGCUUCCUACAUGAAAUACAUAAUGGGUAUUGAUGACGAGGAAGAAGAAGAGAAAGAUUUGUCUGCUCAGCUCAAUGAAACAGGUGUUUCCCCAAGUAGUACUGGAACUGUGACGAGCACAAUCACAGAACAGACUGCACCCAGUACCAUUGACAGUAUUAUUGGAGGGAUGAAAGCUGUUCAGUACUUUGUCUUUGUGAAUUAAAUUUAGAUAUUAUUGUUCUAGUAGUACUGCUAUCUAGUGUUUUCUUGUAUAUCAAUUGAUCCCAGCUUGGUUGUUGCAGCUUUGAUUGCUGUUGCAGAUGGUUGCUUGUUGUCCUUUGCUGGAUCCAAAACCAAUUGCUCAUCAGGAACCUGUUGCUUGUUCUGCUUUGCUGGACCUGGAUCCAAAUCCAUCAUAUUCUUCCACAGUGUAUUCUUGGCAAUUACUACAUCUGGUGCUUUCUUGUCUGACCCAUUAGAGCUACCACCAUCAGAUCCAUAGAUUKCCUUGUAGUCAUUGCCAUAGUCAUCUCAAUCCCAUGAGAAUGUCUAGUCCAUUGUGCUAGGGKUCCCUCACUCAUCAUAGGCAAAUUCUUUGGCACUCUUAGUAGUGUUGCAGGGUGUGUAGUAGUUGUUCUCCCUCUUCAUUACAGUCCUCUGGUAGAUCUCAAGGAACCAGCAGUCAUKCUUGUGCACAACUAGCUUCUUCCAGCAGAUCUUAUUUAGAUAACUAGUGCAGGUCUCUUGAGUUCUUUGUUGUAGUAUACUACUAGUAGGCUUUCUUUUCUGUUCCUGGUUCUCCAUCMAAUUCCAGACUUGAUUCAAUACAAAUUGAACCUGUGGCAAAGAAUUGAAUAGUAUCCCUGGAAGUGGUGGCUCUAACAAAGUUUUAGGAGGGGGGGGGGGAAUAGAUUGAUCAAUGCCUAUUUGAAUCUUCCAUCCAAUCCCUGGAUCAAAUUGCUAUUGCUUGAUUAACUCAAGUGCUUUCCAAGCCUUUACUGCUCAAUGCCAUUUCAUCUCCAUGUUUCCUUGUACAUUUGCAAGCAUCUGCUUUGGUGGCCAAUGCUUGCAGGCAGAGGCUUUGGGUCCUUUGUAGACAAGGAKCCUUGCUUGGUGCCUUGCCAUCUUUAUCUUUGCAUUCCUCAUCCUGUUUAUCUUUGCCUACUGUUUUGGGUGGGGAUAGAGGAACACCCCCCUUGGGCUAGAUUGAUUCUAAACUGAUUCCAUAGACAUGUCAGUGUAUUCAUGGUAUACAUCCUUGUGGACUUCUUUGAUGAGGAAGUCUACUAGUGUUUUGAGUUGAUCAGUUUGCUUACUGUGCAGUGUUGUUGAGAAGAAGACGAAGAAGAAGAAGAAAAAGAAGAAAAAGAAAAAGAAAAGAAGAAUAGUGUUGAGAUUGAAAACUAUCUGGAAGGCCAUGAACUCUACAAUGCAUGAAAUGGGAAAGAACUCAGCAGCAAUGGAAGAGGAAGAUGGCUUCACUUACUCUGAAGGCUUGUUCCAUUUUGAUAAUGCUAUGGAGACAACUGAAGACAAGUAUGAAGCAAAGGUCUUUGAAUAUCCUGUUGACGCAGCCRGAAACAAUGGCACUAUCCUUCAGAUCYAUUUCAUGGAGAAGCCAAAGAUUGAUAAGAGAAAGAAAUUAAAUAUUGGAUUUGCCAGUAAGUCUCAGCAACAACAGGAAGUUGAGGAGAGACUUCAACAUUAGCUGGUGUAACAGCAAUUGAUCCAAGAGGAACUGACAUGGUAGCAGCAACUUCAGCUGCAGUUGCUACAGCAACAGCACCAAGCCCCCCUAUUACUAAGAAGAGAGCAAAGACUAAUCCUCCCCUUUUGCUGCUGCUUUUGAUUACAUAAAAAAGACAAAUAGCUACUAAAGACCUUGGCAACAAAAAGUAGAGACAGAUGAGGAGGAAGAAUGACUACUGGUAGUGGUGGAAAAUUCAGGAAUGGCUCCUCUGUCCCCUGGUGAUGAGACUUGUCCAUCCUUUCACUCUACCAAUUCAGCAAUCACCAAUUCCUCUGGAAUCAAUCCUUUCANUGGUUGCUGAGAUGGAGCUUCCCGAAAAAGGGCACGCGCGAAUCCUUAAAAACUCUUAUUCUUUUCCCAUGAGGAGGUACUUUUUGCUCUCUGGGCGAGACGAUGUGCAAUUGUUACCGUUUUGUGUACAUGCGCUACGCGAGCUCUUCCACGCCACCGCACCGUUAUCAUAGUACUCAAACUACGAGUACCGGUGCUAUUCGGCGGUUUGCGAUACUGUACUACGUGUGUACUCCUAUCGGUACAUCUACUUUUUCUCGACAAAGCUCGCAUGAAAAAAAAAACACCGGUCUGAUCGCCAAAAUUGAAAUUAUUGUGAGCGACGAGCGAACACAUUGUUUCAAAGAAAUCGACUAGUUGGAUUAAAGACUCCARCAUGCGACGUAUGCUUAAGAUAGACGGGAACGAAAAGAAAUAAGACGCCUGUAGAUUUCCACGACGAUCGGUUUGUCGCGUGAAGUGAGCAAUCCUCUUUUCGCCCACGGCAGAGCCAUAAAUCAGUUCUGUCACCUUGCAAGAACCAACAAAGCACAAACUGAAGUAAUUGAAGUCGAGGGUGAAAUCGCAGAAGAAUAACCAACAAAUUAACAAGCAUCAUAAUCAACAAUAAACAUGGAAGUAGCUUCACCACCUCCCCAUCCAUUCGGGCACGGAACUAACAAGAGGCACUUUCCUGGUUCACCAGGAUUCGGGGAUACGACCAAUCGAAACCCUUUCGCCAUGAUUCCAGGUGAUUCUUCCGACGAAUAUAUGCAGCAGAGAUCAUUCAAGCGAAGACGGUUUACUUUGACUGACGAAACGAUGGGAGGGGAUACGGAGAAUAAUCAAAACAAUACCUUCGUGCAAUGUCAACAACAGCCGAUCGUUGCCAAAGGGAAUUCCAUUUCUUCACAGGGUAAGUGUAACCUUCUCUUGUGCUCAAAACUAUGAUAAGGUUCGGGCUAUUUGUAUUUCCGCCAAUGAAUUGUGCUUCGGUUKCGGAAGAACGCAACGCACCAAAACCCAUUUCUUACGAACUUUGAGCCUCUUUUCAUCGUAUCGAACAAUCACAGGCCCUUAUUCAAAAAGAUGCCGAACAGAAAGCCAGAGCACGCAGCAGAUAAAUCAAUUGCAAAAUGUCGUGAACACUCAAGGGGCGGAAAUUGAAAGUCUCAAGUCCGAGAAAGCUGGGCUUCAAGAAUCAAUCGAUACGCUUAAAACAGAACAUAACAGGGUUGUGAACGAGAAUAAAACUUUGAAACGAGCGGUCGUAAUACAACAAGAAAGGCAAAAUCAGGCUCUGUCGGAAAUUAACGCCGGCCGUCAGUUCAAGGUCGAAGCCGAGGAUCGAAUCAAGAAAUUGGAACAACUCGUCAUUUCACUACGUUACCACCUCCAAGCACAACAACACAAUACUCCAGGAAACGACUUCAUGGGAUACCGUCCACCAGAUGUCUAUUAGAUUGUCAAGAGUCUUGCAUGCGGAUUGUUACAUAUUCCACGAUGAGAACGGCGGGAAAGUCAGGUGAUUGACAGUAAAUAGUUCCGAAACGAUCGAAAUCAAAAUAAUGAUUGUGUACAAAAGCCUUUUCGUCAGGACAUUUAUCAGACGAAAACGGCUACUUACGAUAAGAAACCAUUAACCAAAUU